AUGGCGUGGGACCACCUCUCCAUCACCAAGGCCCACCUGGUCUACAUCAUCCUGGGCGGCUUCACGAGCCUGUUCAUGCUGUGCUCCUCCGUUAUCAAAGAGCGUCUCUACAUCGGCGAAGCCACUGUAGCGACCAUCUGCGGCAUCAUCUUUGGCCCACACGCCGCUAACCUCAUAAAUCCACUGGACUGGGGCAAUACGGAUCUGAUCACUGUAGAGUUCUCGCGCAUUGUCCUUGUCGUGCAGUGUUUCGCCCACUGGAAGUCGGUCACGCUGCUCUUGAUCCCCGUUAUGACCUUUGGCUGGCUAAUAACCAGUCUGUUCGUGUGGUGGAUUCUGACAGUCGCCGCGUGUGUGACCGCCACGGAUCCCGUCCUGGCCUCCUCCGUCGUGGGAAAAGGAAAAUUCGCAAAGCGAGUGCCAAAGCAUUUGCGAGACUUGCUGUCCGCUGAGUCCGGAUGCAACGACGGCAUGGCAUUUCCUUUCAUUUACCUGGCCUUAUAUCUCAUCCGGUACCGCCCGGAUGCUAACAAAGUCUCCUUCCACUGGUUCUGCUAUACCAUCCUCUACGAGUGCGUUUUUGGUUGCUUCUACGGCGUCAUGGUUGGCUAUCUUGCCCGUCGAGCAAUUCGCUUGGCCCACGAAAGGGACCUCAUUGAUCGAGAAAGCUUCCUUGUGUUCUACUUCGUUCUCGCUCUGUUCUGCGCUGGCUCAGGCAGUCUCCUGGGAAUGGACGACCUGCUCGUUGGUUUUGCAUGUGGUGUGGGAUUUUCAAACGAUGGAUGGUUUCUCGAGAAAACGGAAGAAUCGCACGUUUCCAACGUUAUUGAUUUGCUGAUCAAUCUGGCCUUUUUCGUCUAUUUCGGCACUAUCAUUCCUUGGGAACAGUACAACUCUCCCAUCAUUGGUACCUCCCCGUGGCGCCUUGUCGUCCUUGGCCUUCUGGUACUCUUCUUCCGCCGCGUACCUAUCAUGCUUGUCCUGAAACCAAUCAUCCCGGACAUUAAGACAUGGCGUGAAGCGCUGUUCGCCGGGCAUUUCGGCCCCAUUGGAGUCGGUGCUAUUUUCGUGGCCAUCAUGGCAAGAGCGGAACUGGAAACCGAAUCAACCACGCCUCUAGCUGUGCUACCAGAGGCUGGAUUCGAGCAUAGGAACAUCCUCGAGCUGAUAUGGCCAAUCACCACGUUCUUGGUCAUCGUCAGCAUUAUCGUCCAUGGCAGUUCGAUUGCCGUGUUCACGCUUGGCAAGCAUAUCAACACCCUCACGCUCACCCUAUCAUACACGCAAGCUAAUGAUGACGGACCGGGUUGGAUGGAUCGUCUUCCCCGCAUUCAGUCACGCUCCAAGUCUUCCAUGUCACUUCGCAGACCUUCUGAUUCCGACUUCGACGAGAAAGCAGACGCUUCUGGCCCCGGCCUACUCCCGCUCAGCACUGCGGGGCAGUUUCUUCGCCGCCAGAAAGAAGACGAGCCUUCGAGCAGAGCAAGCUCCCUGCGUCCGUCAGUUCGCCGGAGGAAGUGGGAUCAAGGUCUUGGUCCUGGAGGACCUGUAUCUCAAUCAGCCAUUAGGCCACAAAGGUUUGACCGAAACCAAGAUGUGCCCGAGCUAUCUCAACGAGAUUCUGAUACUCUUGCUAUAAACAGCGACGAGAACGUGGAAUCCGGUGAGAGUUCGCUCACGAAGGAAAAGCGUGCCCGUUCAGGCUCCCCCGAGGAGGAAAUCUAUGAAGAAGGUGACAAGACCGUCAUCGAAGACGAAGAAGGAAACGUGCUAGGUGUCAAAGAUAGCCAUGGCGAAGAGGGAGCAGAACGUCAACGCCACGACCAGCAAGCUGCGCGUCGUCUUGGACGCGAGAAACGCGUCGAGGAUGGUGUCGCACAGACCGAGCACGGUAGUGCACUAGAAGAAGCGCCCGGUAAAGCGGUAGAGGGUAUCAAGGAGGGUAUUGAACACCCAGCAAAGGGAUGGAAAGACAUGCGCAAGCGAAUGGAGUCCUUCUCCGGUAUUUCAGGACUCCGUCCUCAGACUGGCGAGCCUCAACAACCUCCCAAGGCGCACAAGCCUGCCCCAAAGCGCGGUCCCGCUCUCGCAUACCAAUUCGGCAACACCAUCAUCGUGGAAGACGAGGACGGCGAGGUCCUAAAGAAGUACGACAUCCCUGGACCCGCGAAACCAAAAGCACCAGACGCCGGACGGACGCUCCAACGCCUCAAGAAUAUGGGAUCCUAUCUCGGCAUGCCCGCCAAGACGGCCAGUGAAGCUGCAGAGGGCGUAGCAGGCGCCUCGGGCAGUCAAGAACAGAAGCACACCAACGAAGAUGACGACGACAACAUCCGCUUCACCGUCACCGCCGGCGGCCGCCGCAUGAGCAAGCUCGAAUUCAUCCAACAGAUCCAGAAAAUGGACCCCAAGUCGCGCGCCCAGCUCGUCGAGAACAGCGACGCGCCCGAGGAUGUCAAGCGCGAGGCCCGCCAGGACGCCAAAGAAGCAGCCGCUGGCCGCAAACGUGCGACUACAGGAGGGUCAGCGAAGAUCCCACCGACCAUCAUCCAGACCCAGUCGCCCUCUGACACGCGCAAGAAGGGGCCAGAGGGCCACAUCCUCGUCGACUCGGACGACUCGGACGUGCCCUUCCACCCCGUGGGCAAGAGCCUGGCCGAAUACUCCAUGGACCAGCCGCACCGCGAGACUGGCGCGCAGAGGAGACGUCGCGUCGCUGCCUACCCCUUCCUGCACUCGCCAGCCUCCGCCGACGACAACGACGACGAAGCUGAUGACGAGGAAGCGAAGGAGACGCCGGCGGAAAGAAGGCGGAGGCUUGCGGCGCUCGGGCCUGCGGACUCUGGCAACCGCGAGAGGGAACGCGAACAAGAUCGUGACGAAUCCCCCUUCGCCCCUGCCUCCAACGCGCAAAGCCUCUCGGAUAUCGACCCUACGGCGAUCUCUAAUGCUCCGAAGAGCCAUAUGGACGUCGGCGAGACGGCUGCUGAACGACGACGCCGUCUCGGCGCGCUGGGCAUGGGCGAGCAGGGCGACUCUGACUCCGAGAGCGGAGAGGAAGAGGUCGGUGAUCCGCUCGCGACUAGGAGGGGCGAGAGCGCGGGCAAGGGAGCGGCGAUGACCACCGCGGCGCAGAGGGCGCCUGGGAUCAGAUUUGCGGAGUUGCCAGAGGGCGGAAGGAGGCUUCAAGGUGCGUUAUCCGGAAGAAGAACAGUACAACAGGUAGUGAAGUAA